AUGGCCAAAGAAGAGAAAGAAUUCGGUGGUACACUGGGAGCCAUUGGUAUAAUGAUAUUUUCUCAUUUUAUACCAUUUUAUUUUGCACUAUCACUGCAAUACAAUUCUGGCGGUCUUUAUUUUCCAUCAUCAAUUAAUGAAUUUAUUGAAAAUUUUAAAGAAACAUGUUCACCAACAUGGUCGAAUUUUUUUCUUUAUACCGGUUUUUUUGUUAUACAGCUUAUAUUUGCUGCUAUUUUACCUGGUCUUGAGGUUAAAGGUUUACCUUUACCUACUGAAAAUAAUCGGCAAUAUACUUAUAAAUGUAAUGCAUUAUCAAGUUGGUAUUUAACAUUGAUAGUAGGUGGCAUACUUCAUUUUACUGGUAUAUUUCGAUUAACAAUAUUAGCUGAUAAUGUUGGUUCAAUACUUUGCGUAGCUGUAAUAUUUAGUGAUAUUUUAUCAGUAGUUAUUCAUUUUUAUGCUAUAUUAACCAGUCAAACAUGUCGAAUGGCCCAUUCGCCUAUUUAUGAUUUUUUUAUGGGAGUUUGGUUGAAUCCACGUAUUCGAAUUUUAGGACAAGAUGUUGAUCUUAAAAUGAUAGCUGAAGUACGUUUAUCAUGGCUUCUAUUAUUUCUUUUGAUUGUUUCUGCUGCGUUAAAACAAUAUGAAACAUUUCAUACUGUUACAUGGCCAAUGAUAUUUAUUUUAACAGCUCAAUUACUCUAUAUAAAUGCUUGUAUGAAAGGUGAAGAAUGCAUUCCAGUAACUUGGGAUAUAUUUUACGAGAAAUGGGGUUGGAUGUUAAUCUAUUGGAAUUUAGCUGGUGUUCCAUUUGUAUAUGCAUUUCAAGCAUAUUAUAUUCUUGUGAAUUGUUUACGUACAGGAAAACCAAAUGAAAAUGUGUCAAUGAUAUUUAUUAUUAUUUUAUUCAUUGUACUUUUUAUUGCUUACUAUAUAUGGGAUUCAUCUCUAUCACAAAAAAUUCGUUUUCGUAUGAGACAACAAGGGAUCUAUGUAACACAACAUGGAUUUCCACAAGUUCCAUGGAAUGAAAUAAAGAAUCCAAAGUAUAUGAAAACGGAAUGUGGUUCACCAUUAUUAAUCGAUGGCUAUUGGAAAUAUUGUCGUAAACCACCAUAUACAGCUGAUAUAUGUAUGGCGACAUGUUGGGCAUUGUCAUGCCAUCAAUGGACUGGUGCUUUACCUUACUUUUAUCCAAUAUUCUUUUUCUUUAUGAUUAUUCAUCGGUAUACGCGUGAUAUGGCUCGAUGUCAGGCCAAAUAUGGAAAAGAUUGGACAAUUUAUUGUGAACGAGUGCCAUAUGCAUUUAUUCCCGGAGUCAUUUGA